ACAGUUGGGACUACCAAACUCAGAAACACAGCAAGAGAUCACAUUUGAAAGAUGGCCCAGAGCGACUUCCUCUACCCAGAGAAUCCGAGGAGGCGGGAAGAAGUACACCGUCUUCACCAACAGCUCCUUGACUGCUUAUCUGACAGCUUCCAUGCCACCAAUAAGCUGAUUGCAGUUUUAAAUAUGCAUUUGGGGUGCAGGCUGGCCUCCAUUGAAAUGAAAAGAAAUGGGACCAUCAAAGAAAAUUGUGAUAUCAUCAUCCAAGCUGUGAUGAAAAUCCAAAAGGAAUUGCAAAAGGUUGAUGAAGCACUAAAAGAUAAACUAGAACCAACCCUUUAUAGAAAACUUCAGGAUAUUAAGGAAAAGGAAACAGAGAAAAUUGCAAUAGUACAAAAGGUUAUUUCAGUCAUCCUGGAAGAAGCUACUUCUGCAGCCAGUGCAGUGGCUGUAAAACUUGUGGGCUCAAAUGUCACAACUGGCAUAAUUAACAAGUUGGCCACUGUGUUAGCUCAAAUUGGUGCUUCUCUCCUUGGUAGCAUAGGAGUUGCUGUUCUUGGCCUUGGCAUAGAUAUGAUCUUCCGUGCCAUCCUGGGAGCAGUGGAGAAAACGCAGCUACAAGCAGCCAUCAAAAGCUAUGAGAAACAUCUGGUGGAAUUCAAGUCAGCCUCAGAAAAAUAUCAUCAUGCCAUUUCUGAGGUCACUAACACAGUGAAACACCAAAUGAAAUAAACG